AUGCCCUCCCCACCCCCCCUAACCCCACAAACGCCCUUUACCUCCCUCCUUCAACACCCUUAUAUCAAAAACUUCUUCAUAUUACUCCCAUUCCUCUUCCUAGGCGGUCUGAUCCUCUUCCUCCUAAACCGUGCAGACUCGCUACGCGCGGGAGCCGGACUUCCCACAUCUCCGCCUAUUAGAGCUCCUGUAAACAAUGAACCACGAGAGAUAAUUGAAGAAGAAGAAGAAGGGGAAGGAGAAACGGAAGAUGUUAAUGAAGGAGCACUAGGAGCUGAAGACUUUGGUGAAGAUGUAGACGUCGACGGACUCCUCGCUGAAGCCGGAGGCGCAGGUGGUGAUGAUGGAGAAGAACAAGUAGAAGCCGGACCCGCGAAUGCCGGUGGUGUUCCUCGACAACCUCGGAAUAGAGGUAUAGUCGGGAAAAAGAAGGCGAGGAAUUUAGAAAUGAGGGAUCGUCGAAGAGCAUACUCCGAGUUCCUUCAAUCGCAAGCCCGCGAACGUCGUGAACGGGAAGAAGCACUAGAAAAUGACCUCGAAGAAACAAUAUUUGCAGAAAAACAGCGUCGUGCAUUAGCAGAGAUCAAGAUCGAAAAGGCAAAACUGAAAGAAAAGGAAGAGAGGAGGGAACAAGAGGAGAAAAACCGGACAUAUAUAAACAAACUGAGGGAAUGCAUAUCUAGCAUUGAAACCCAAGGUACCGGUAAAAUUAGCCUGAGAAGUCUAGGACACAGGGUUGGAAAGGAUGAAGCUUGGAUUAGGAAAACGUUGGCGGACGAGAAAGGGUUGGAAGGGCUAAAAGGCGGCGUUUUGUCCUUGGUCACGGAGGAUGGCUGGUUUAUAAGGGUUGGAAAAGAGGAAAUUGAUACAAUUGCAAGAAGAGUAGAAGGGAAGGGGAAGGUGGUGGAAUGGGAGGAAGUGAGCGCUGCGCUCGAGGAUAGUUUGAAAAGGCUCUAA